AUGGAAUACCGCAGUGUCCAGCUCCUGCUGGAUACGCGCGUCGCUAUCCACCAGAAUCCCGUAACGGCGCAGCUGUAUCCUUACACGCCCAAAAUAUCCAACCUGAUUCUUCUGGAAAAUGAGUCAAAUCCUGUCGUCGAGGUGCUGGGUCAUCUUAUUAAACAAUGUCGGCCGCCGUUACUUGCUGAUGGUAUUGCUGUCUAUCUGGUGAUGUACGGUUAUUCCGGUGGCGUGUCAACCCAAUCCCAGAAACAUACAAAGGAGUCCCCCCAUUCUACCGUCCCUCCAUUCUACAACGAUCCCGUCCGCGCCCGAUAUGUAUCGACUUCAUCGCCUGGCCGGGCCUCCGAGAGAGAGAUGUGGAGUGAUUUGCAGAAGGAUCAAGUAGAUGACGUCUUCCAUUCUCCACUGCUAGGGGUGUCUUGA